CUGAGGCGCUGCCUUCCUGCGGCUGCGCACUGACGCGUCCUGCGUUGCCCAAAAUGGCGUCGUCCGCGCCCGUCCGCGGGCUGGGGCUGCGGGUGCUGGCCUGCAGCCGGGCGCUGCCUUGCGCCUUGCGCGCCCUGCACACUUCCGCGGUCUGCGCCAAGAACCGGGCGGCGCGAGUCCGCGUGGCCAAAGGGGACAAGCCGGUGAGCUACGAGGAGGCGCACGCUCCGCACUACAUCGCACACCGAAAGGGCUGGCUGUCGCUGCACACAGGUAACCUGGAUGGAGAAGACCAUGCUGCAGAGAGAACCCUGGAGGAUGUUUUCCUUCGCAAGUUUAUGCUGGGCACCUUUCCAGGCUGCCUGGCUGACCAGAUUGUCCUGAAGCGCCGGGCCAACCAAGUGGACAUCUGUGCCCUGGUCCUCAGGCAGCUGCCAGCACACAAGUUCUACUUUCUCGUGGGCUACAGUGAGACUCUGCUGUCACACUUUUACAAGUGUCCUGUACGACUCCACCUUCAAACUGUGCCUUCCAAGGUCGUGUACAAGUACAUUUAAAGAGCGCUCUUUCUUUCGUUGAGCUGUAACCUGCAAAGGCCCGCAGAAGUGGAUCAAACACCGGCUCUCACGGGGUAGAGGGGCAUCAGCUCCUAGCUGCCGUCGAAUAAAACCUUGAUAAUGCUU